GCAAAACGCGUCCCGUGUGAAAGGUCGAUAAACUCGAACUCGACUGAAAACCCCAGUCGCGGCGAAGUGUUUCGCCGCAGUUUCGCUCCAAACUCCCCUUCAAGUUCCUUUUUCCGUCGCAGCCAUCCCCCGAGGACGUGUCUUCUGGAGUCCAACCGGAAGUCCGAUGUUGUGUCUUCGUUUCAACAUUCCCCGACAAUUGCAAGGGUGCUCACCGUUUUCAGGCAUUGGCUUUGUCAUCAUCGAGGACUUACAGAAAACCGGAGAAAAGUUUCCUUCUGUUCCCGCGGAACUUUUCCGCGGCAAUGCAGCUGCGGCGGACGCGCGCAGUCGUUGCAUUCGCGUGUGCCUUGCUGAUUCCGUGGUAAUGCCUCGACAAGGAGGCUCUUUUUAAAUUGCAUUCAAUUUCUCUUUAUGCGUGUCGCCGUGCUCUGUGUAUGCAUGCAAGUAUCAUCUGCUCUUUAAGUAGAAACUAUGUACACCGAGGCGCCCCAGAUGAUGUCUUUCUCGUCUAGGGUGUGUCGCUUCGAUCAAGACCCACGGCUCUCAACGUCAAGAAACGUGUAGACCAUCUGAUCGCACACAUUGUGCGGAGAAAGACUUUAAAUUGCAGUGACUGUCUCUGCCAUGUCCACACAAUGCUGUGCGUAGCUGUUUAACAAAGACUGCUUGCUUCCGAAUCGGUUCAUGAGCGAAUUCCCCGGAAUCGAGGAGACACAAAAAUCAUACUCCGCGCUUGCGCCGCGAGAGACGAGCUUCCACUUUCGAGUCCUUCCAGCUUGUCUCGCGAAUGGAAAAGGAACAGCCGCCAAACCGAGCGCACAGAGAACUCUUGAGAGACGGGGUUGUCUGCGUGUUUGCUGGGCUUGUCUUCUUUUUUCGUAGCGCGAACUCCAAGCAGUGUUAGGAAAACGGUUCCCCACGCUGGCGCGCGUCGGUCGCCGCUCUCCUCUGAGUUUGUGAGGGUCGCCGGUUUCUGAAAAUUGGUUUUUCAAGCGUGGAGACGGGCAGAUGCCGCACAUGGACAACCUCUGUUUCUGUCAACGCGGAGAAGUGCACAUUUUCCUGAAUCGAGUUCCGCAUUCCCAGAGACGUCCUGUCUCGUUUCCGGUCUCCUUCCAUACACCAUGGAGACAGAGAAGCCUCCUCUUCCUUUCUCUUUAGCGAGACAGAGAGAUCAGCAUGCACCCGCGCUCUGUAACGAAACGGCUGCCGCGGCUGCAGCUGUAGAUGCGGCUGCAUCCCAGUGUGCACUGUGUUCAAAGAGGGGAGGAACCGUCCGCGAGGAGGAGGCAGGAAAGGCCUCUGCGGGUCUGCUGGUGAAGAUGCUUCGACAAGCAGCAGGCAAGAGCAGCUGCGUGUGCGAGCAUCUGUGCUCGAGCUACGAAGACGUGGAGAGGGCGAGCGCCUCAGCCGCGGAGCUCGUCACAGGGGCGCACGGUGCCGGUGUUCUCUCAGACGCCGAGAACGACGAGAGAACGAACUCCGCAGGACCAUGGGCGCCGUGGAAGCAACAGAAACUUCUCCAAGAUGCCAUUCGGAGACAAAUUGACGACCUUAGGGCGUACGCGAAGGCCCUGGUGCAGUUGUCUUCGAGUUUGACAGACGCAGCAGCCGGCGCUGCAGAUCUUUCCUCGCUUCGCAAGAAAGAACGAAACUCCCAACUUUUCUCUUUGGCUGCUGUAGUUACAGCGGCCUCUGCUUCCUUCUGCCCCGAAGGCGGCCCUGAGGCAGAGCAGCAUUCGCGCAAGAGCUUUGUUCAACUACUAGAGAGAGUCGCAGACGCUCCAGGCGACUCUGCACAAGACGUCGCGUCUUGCAGAGCACGAAGCGAAGCAGCUGCUCUUUCUCUCGAGGACAGUUUCCAGUCGUUGCGGGAUGGUUUGGAGAACAUCCAGACGCAUGCAGAGAGGCGCGCCAGCUUCGUCAUUCGGUGGGCACAGUUGUUCGUCGACAGCGUUGCUGAAGUGACGAAAACCUUGGAAGAAGCUGCUCCUCUCGUAGCUCGCGGAGCUGCUUGGGAGAAAGACCUCGAUGCUCAGCUGGAGAAAAUAGAGGAAGAGAAACGCGCGCUCGAGCUUCAGCUCAAACAGGCGGGACGAUAUGCAGACCAAGUGGAGAGUCGCUUAAAUGAGAAGAGACAUCAGUUUCUGAUGGCUAUUGAAGACUGGACGACAGAACGUCUUGACCAGCUGACCAAGGAAGAACGCACGCAGCGCCUGAAUCUGCGGAUCGACGCUCUCGAGAGACAGGUGCGAGGUCUCGCUGCGUUUUCCCCGCUCUUCAUCGUAGAACGUACCUCUAAAUAUGUCACGCUUCAGUACAAACCCCUCGGGAGUCAAACGGACUACGAGAUUUCUAUCGAAGGCCUCGAGCUUUCUCUGGAGGCGCAGCAGCCGCACGCGUACAAGAUUUCGUCCUUCUUCAGCGUACGAGUGACCCCUCAACUCGCUUGGCUGGAGACGCGUCUGGACACAGCGAUUCGCGAGUACCUUUCAGCUGCUUGCAAAGUAGCUCGGAGCGAGUGUUUUCUGGGGACGAAGGCGCGCCAAGCGGCAGGCGAAGGCCUCUCCUCAUCGGACCUGCAGUGCGACAGAAGAUCCGCGAGAGACCCCAGCUCUUCCCGGACCGUGUACGACUUCUCGCCGUACAAUGUGCAGCAGCAGGAGCUGCUGCAUUUCGCCGCGACACUCGGAAUCUCUGGGAAGCAAAAGAAGCGGACGCGGGAGGAGGCGGAGGGAAGCCAAAGUCGGUUUUCAGCUCGAGGAACGUCCAGCGAGAAAAGAGAGAACUGCGUCCAGGAAGAGAGAAGGACAGCCGUAAAGAUCUUCUCCGAACACAUUGCUGCCAUCUUACUGAAAACCUUGACUACAGCCUUCGCCGCAAAUCGUGGAGAAAACAGGCCGAGGAAAUAUCCACCGUACAACUUUGUCCGGAACGCAUGCACAGAAGGCGGCGAGGUGGGGAGUCGUCCGGAACUUGUUACGAGUUCGUGAACAGAAGAUGAGGAAACGGGGAAUUUCGGGGUGCGGCACUUUGGCGCAACUGGCGAGAGGUCGCGUCAGUUCCGGGGGAAAAAACUGUCGAGCUCUCCACUUGAGACGAAGAAGUUGCCUUGUCUACCGCCUCACUCCCGUCCUGAGAGCACACCAUACACAUCGGCCCCCUUCUGCCCGUGGUGCAUCGACUACAGCGCGAAACCGUCUUUUGUCGGGCGGAAAGCAGCUGCGUGAACCACACAAACAUAAAUAUGCAUGCAUUUUCGUAAAUGCACAGUAUAUGCAUCCAUAAACUGA